GUACUUGGUAGUGUACACUAAUGCAGGGCCGGACAGACAAAGCAGCCUGAACCAGGAACAAAAGACGACUUCAAUGUUAGUGGCCGCUAAACCCCUGUCCAACCCAUGUCUAAUGACGCCAACAUAAUGUUCGCCGUUCCUGGAUCCUCCCCGUCAUCAUUCAUCGUCAUCUCGCAUUAUGUAAAUAAGACAAGCAGUUGUCCAAGUAGAUCAGCCAUGCCGGGGUGGUCUGGGGAAGGAUAAAAACGAAGGGUCUACCUCUCUUCCAUACCCUUAGCCAGUUUCCAUCUGAUACCGCAUUCUGCGACAAACACAAUGGCCUCGUCAUUCGUUGGAGAGCUGCUUUGGCUCAGUGCGCUCGUUCUUCUAAUACUUCAACCAUGUUCUGCCGCGUCUCUCUAUUCCACAUAUAAAUUCAACCCUCUGGAACAUCUUGGCGGCGUAGCCCCGUACUUCGAGCCCCAAGACCCGCCGACGUCGCCGUCGCCUCCACAGGGUUGUUCAGUGUCCCGAGCGGUCUAUCUCUCUCGCCACGCUGCAAUCUACGCUAACGACUACGACUACGAAGCGUACAUCGACCCAUUCGUAUCCAAGUUGGAAAACAACACCGCGGUCGACUGGAGCAAGGUUCCAGCGCUCAGCUUCCUCGCCGGUUGGACAGCCCCGCUGACGGAUGCGGAACAAGAGUUGUUGACUCGCGCGGGUAGACUAGAAGCGGCGCAACUUGGCGUAACGCUGUCUUUCCGGUACCCUAAUCUCAGGCUGCCGUCUCGUAUAUGGACAUCCUCCGCCGAGCGCACUGAAAAAUCGGCCGAGUCGUUCGCGAGGAGCCUCGAGCUAAAUGAGGAUGGAAUCAACGUCGUGAGCAUUUACGAAUCCGAGGAAGCUGGCGCGAACAGCCUCACGCCGUACAAAAGUUGUCCGGCCUACUCGUCGUCAUUUGGCAGCGAUCAAUCAGCAGUCUAUCUCGAAAAGUUCACCAAGCCCAUAAUAGCGAGAUUGAAUGCGAUAGCCCCCGGGUUUAAUUUCACGGCCAACGACGUGUAUGGCAUGAUGGAACUGUGCGGGUACGAAUCUGUUAUUCGUGGUAGCUCCCCAUUCUGCGACCUGGACCUCUUUACGCCAGACGACUGGCUUGGCUGGGAAUAUACGGCCGAUAUCAUGUACCACUACAACGUGGGAUACGGUAAUCAGAUCUCUGGCGUGGUGGGGUUACCUUGGCUUAAUGCAUCGGCAAGCCUACUUUUAGAAGAAUCGUCUGGGAAGCAAGAUAUAUUUGUUAGCUUUACUCAUCGAGAGCUACCUCCUAUGGUCUUUGUUGCCAUGGGUUUGUUUAAUAAUUCCGAGUUCAGCGGAGGCGAGGCCUCUAUUAACGAUACGAUGCCGCUAGACCGUAUCAACCACCGGCGCGCGUGGAAAAGUUCGCACGUAUUGCCUUUUCUGAGCAACGCGGCUAUCGAGAGGCUGAAUUGUUCAGGUAGUUAUGGUUACGAAGACGGUGAUUACUAUCGGAUACUCGUGAAUAGUGCGCCUCAACCACUGCCUAACUGUGCUGAUGGGCCGGGUACAACUUGCUCGAGGGCAGGGUUUGAACAGUAUCUUGAAGAACGAGUCGACAUGUUCCAAGGGUUUUCUGAGAGGUGCGGGGUGGACAACGGUAACUCGACUGAUAUCUUAUCAAUUUAUACGGAUGCGGGAGUAGGUAACGGUACUGCUGUUGGGAAGAGGUAUAAAGCGUUGUGUGAGAGGGAUAUUGAUAUGAGAUUAUUGUAAGAUUAUUUGUUGUUGGAUGGUAGAUUCAAUUAUUACCAUUCCACCACUAACUUAAUUGUACCUAUGUAGGUAGGUACCUAUGUACCUAGGUAGAUAGACCCCGCAAUCCAAGUACCCAAGUACCCAAGGUAUACCUAUUACGUAAGUACUUCCUUCCAAGUGU